UCAGAAUUCACAAACAUUACUAGUAGGAUAUAUGUUCUUUUCAAAAAUGAUCAAAUAAGAAAAUGAAAUAAACCACAUCAAGAAAGAAUCAUCAAACAGAUGAGCCGAGUAAGGUCAAGGUCAUUUAACAGUCAUAACAAUGUGGCAUCAAUUUUAUAGUUUCUAUUUAGGGAUAUUUCUGAUCUUACCCGCUUUAAUAAUCACGCUUCUUGUCUACUGUGUUCUGGGGUACUGGCAUAGUCAAUACAAGGUACCCAAGCAUGUUAGGAAAACUACGUGUAAUGUUCCAACAGAUCAAAAGAUGAUGCCGAUAUCGGACGGAGGCAUGGAGGAGACUAGCGUUGCCAUACCCUACUACCCCUCAGCAUACAGCCUCCAGUCAUCAAGCAUGUACAGUUCCAUGACCCCACAGAAAAAACCUCACCCAUCCGCAUAUAACAUUUAAUUGGUGUAAACAAGUCUAAUAUAUACUAUAUCAUGCGGAGUACUGUUUUCUAUCAAACAUCCUGUUGUACAACGUCUAUAAUUGGAGAGAAAUGGAGCUGGCAUAACCCAAAAUUAAUACAAUACACUGUAAAUAUAUGUA